UUUUACUCGGCUUCUUCUCAAAUCAUUUCUAAAGUCGAAUCAUUUCGUUCAAAAUCGAUCCAUUUCUGUUGAUGAUUAAUUUCGAAUUUCCGAGAUGCAAAAUCAUCAUCAUGUCGAUUCAUUCAGCGAGAAGUGCUGGUGUGAUGUAGUCGAUUACAGCAGUCUCUUGGACGACACCGCACCACCGCCGGGAGUUGUUACCGAGCCUUCUCCUGUUUGUAUGUCAAUUGAUUGCUCACAGAGUGGAAUUACAACUCCAGCUCUUAAAUCUGAGGAAAGAGGAUUUCAAAGAAAGAGGGGACGUUCUGAUGUAAAUGGUGGGAUAGGAACAAAAGCAUGCCGCGAAAGAGAGCGAAGAGGAAAAUUGAAUGACAAAUUCAUAGAACUCUCUGCCGUUUUGGGGCGUGAAAGCAUUGGAAAAACUGAAAAACUGACCAUGCUUAGUGAUGCCAUCAGACUCCUAAAACAGCUAAAAACUGAAUCCCAGGAACACAUGCAGAUGAACACAAGAUUAACCGAAGAGAUCAAAAUUUUAAAGGUGGAGAAAAAUGAGCUCCGGGAAGAGAAGGCAAAGCUUAAGGAAGAUAAAGAGAGGAUAGAGCAGCAGUUGAAUAUGUAUCAGGCCGACGCAGCUAAGAAGGUUCCCAUGCUUCCCAGCUACGGCUUUGUUCCGAUGUGGCAGUAUUUGCCCUCCUCAGUCCGCGAUACUACUGUUGAUCAUGUGCUCAGGCCACCUGCUGCUUGAACUUUUAGGACAUUUCUCUCACAAAUGUUUUUUGUCAUGCUUCAUUGUAAAUAAAUCAGUACUGCACACUUUUGGAAAAGACAUCUUCUCACUUUUCAUAUUAAUAAUUCAGUUGUCAUGUGAGUGAAUUAA